CAAGCUGCAGAAUCAUAAACAGUUACGAAUGGAUAUGGAAUCCCAGAAUUCAUAAUUUUGUGAUGGUGUUGAAUCAUUUCAAGUUUAAACUUAUCAACAAAGACAACAAGAGAGAGAGAGUAGAAAAAUGAGUAGCUUUGUUCAAAUCCAAACUUGGUUCAAGAAUCCCCAAUCCACCACUGGUUUAUGUAAAAACAUCACCUCCCACCCAACCGCAGAAACCAUCUUCACUCUCAACCGCCAAUUCCAACUCAAACACCAAAUUCAAAUUGCAAAUGGAAGAAGAAUCGCUCGAAAAGGGAUCAUCUGUAACGGAUUUUUGCUUCCCGUGGAUCCAUGGGCGCCGAGCAUUGAUUCGGAAAGCAUAGCAUCCCAGCUCUUCGCUUUCUCCCUCUUCCCCUAUCUUGGUUUCCUCUAUUUCAUUACCAAAUCCAAAUCUGCUCCAAAACUCACUCUUUUCGGCUUCUAUUUCCUGCUUGCUUUCGUCGGCGCUACGAUACCGGCUGGAAUUUACGCAAAGGUGCACUAUGGGACAUCUUUGUCCAAUGUGGAUUGGCUACACGGUGGAGCCGAGUCGCUGCUUGCUCUGACCAACGUAUUCAUUGUUUUAGGCCUCAGAGAGGCUCUUAGAAAAGCUGGAGAUGGGAAUGGUAACGGAUCGAAUUUCCCUACUGAGGCAAAAGAGGAGGACAGUCCAUCGGUUAGGUGAUCAAUACGACCCUAUGGUUGUGAUUGACACUCUAGCGUGCUGCAAUCGUGGAAAUCUGUUAUUUUGUUCUGUAAUUAAUUCUCAUGUCCAUACUUGUGAUGCAUGAGUUCAUGCCAACCACUCUUUCAGCGCUACAUAUGAACUUCUUAGGCAGGGAAUCCUAUUUUCAGCUCUUUUUUCCGCAUGAUUA